GGAUGGUUGAACCCCGUCAGGCAGCACUUGAGCCUUGGCUCUGGAGCGCGUCGGGGCGCGCAGGCGGCGGCGCGCUGAGCGGCAGCAGUGGGAUGGACGGGCGGCUGCGCGCCGCGGGCUGCGCGGUGCUGCGGGGAGAACUGGAAGGCGUGCGGAGCAUUAAAACGUCAGUUUCCAUUUAAUUAUUGCCUUCACGGAGGCUGGAGAGGUGCGGCUUUGCCUCCUGUCAGUAAUCCGCUUGCAGGGAGGAGCAGAGCAGAGGCUCCAGUCUUGACAGGGGGGAGAGUUUGAAGCCGGACAGGGACGCAAAGAGUUCACCGUCCUUUGGUUCUGCUGCUGGAGGUUGGCAUGGACUGAGGUGUUGAAGCCGUUGGGUUUACUCUUCAUCAUGAGCGGACCGACGAAUGUUCAGUACCAGGCGGCUGGAGUCUAUGGGGAAAACAACAACAGCAGCUCCCCGCUGUCCAGCUGUGGGAACUCGCCCAUCAUGUGUGACCGCUGUGGGGAGGUUUGCCGUGGGGAAGUGGUGCGGGUCAAGAGCACACACUUCCACGUUCACUGCUUCACCUGUCAAGUGUGUGGCUGUAACUUGGUGCACUCGGGUUUCUUCCACCACUCUGGUGAGUACAUCUGCACAGACGACUACCAAAGGCUAUACGGGACUCAGUGUGACAGCUGCAGCCAGUACAUCACUGGAGAAGUUGUGUCUGCCCUGGGACGGACAUACCACUCACACUGUUUUGUCUGCAGCAUUUGCAGGAGUCCAUUCCCAAUUGGAGACAGAGUGACCUUCUGUGGCAAAAAGUGUGUGUGUCAGCAGUGCUCCCAUUCUCUGAACAGUGACAAGCCCGUCAUGGUCCAUGGACCGAGCUCUCCAUCUGACAGAGGAAGUGUGGCUGCCAGCACAGGAAGAGAAAGGAAGGAGGAGAAAAAUGAGCAGAGAUUGGCAGACCAGAAAGGCAAGGGCAGAGAGGGAGACUGUGCAGGCUGUGGGGAAGAGAUCAGACAGGGUCAGUCCCUGCUGGCUCUGGAGAGACAGUGGCACGUCAGUUGUUUUAAAUGCUGGACAUGUGGCUGUGUGCUCACUGGAGAGUACAUCAGCAAAGAUGGGAAACCUUAUUGUGAGACUGACUACCACACUCAGUUUGGGAUCAGGUGUGGAAGCUGUAACAGGUAUAUCAGCGGCAGAGUGCUUGAGGCUGGAGGAAAGCAUUACCACCCCAGCUGUGCCAGGUGUGCACGCUGUCACAUGAUGUUCCUGGAAGGAGAAGAAAUGUACCUUAGAGGUUCAGAGGUUUGGCACCCUAUGUGUAAAGAAGCAGCUCGGCUAGAGAGAAAACUGAGGCUGAGACGAACCUCUGAGACUGCUUCCCUCUCCCCCUCAGGCUCAUCUCCUGUCCUCGGCUCGCCUCACCGCCUCAUCUGUUCUAAAGCUAACAGUGACGUCUUGGACUUCAAGCAUCUGGCAGCUUUGCCCAAAGUCAAAGCCCUGUAUGACAUCCAGAGGCCGGACAUCAUCCCAUAUCAGACCAACCACACACAGCUAUCAGUUGACACCUUGGAGAGAUACAACUGUGGUCAGUCCUUAGGAUCCUUAUCACCAUACUCUAAUGAUCUGUUGGAUGGAGUGGAGCUGAGAACGAGGCGUUCCUCCAGCUCUGCUUUCACAGACUCACCUGCACACAGUCGCCAUGGAGGGUCCCCACUGCAUUAUUACAUCCCAGGCAGCGAGAGUGGCAGGAGCUCACCUUAUUGCAGUCAGCCAGAGCCCAGGUGUACCACACCCACCACCUCCACCUUCCAAACCCUCAGGCAUUUCCAUGUUCCAGCUUCAGAAGAAACCAACAUCUACAGGAAACCCCCGAUCUAUAGAAGACAAGAUGUUUCCAUCUCUCCAAAAGCAAAUAAGCUGAAGCCCAAUGAGAAUCACGUCAAAUCCAACCACUUUUCCACCUCCAACUACAACAGCCUUUACCACACAGCCUCCAACUAUUAUCCAUAUAUAGGCUCUCCCAAAGUCUCCAGGAUGAGAAGGUUUUCAUCUGGAGGAGAGGAAGAUGGAUGGAAUCAAAAUAUAAACAAGGGAAUUGGAAGGAUGAUCCUGAAGGAGGAGAUGAAAGCGCGAUCAGCCUGUCACGAGAAUGGCCACUGGGGGAGUACACGCAGCUCCCGGUGUAACAGCAAGGAGGCGCUAAACAAUUUGGAAUAUAACUCUCUAAAUGGUUCUCCCAGAUCCAUCUACAGUGCAGACGGCAAUUCAUAUACCUCCAAAUCUUCUUCUCUCCCCGGUUAUGGCAGAGAUGGACUAAACAGGCCUGGAAGUGCGGGUGCAGAUUAUUACCAGUAUGACAGCAGUAAUGCAGUUAAUUGGCAGAUCAGAGAAUACAAAAUCUACCCAUAUGAAGCUCUUGUUGUAUCAGUGAGAGGACAGCAGCCCCUCCCUACUGAUGUGGACCGAGCCAGAUUAGAGCGUCACCUUUCACCAGAUGAGUUUUACAGAGUCUUUGGCAUGUCCAUGUCUGCCUUUGACCGUCUCGCGCAGUGGAAAAAGAAUGAACUGAAGAAACAAGUCCGACUCUUUUGAAGAAAGCUUCUACUCAAAAAUGACUUACCCUCAGAGGUAUAAAGCCCUGGAAGUGUCAGCAGAAAAACCAUCAGCUUCCUGUUCUUGAUAUGCACUAGGAUUUCUUAAGCAAUACCCGUGAGGUCAGCCAACUGGGCCAAACAAGGAACAACUGGGUGAGAGGAGACGAACUGAGCAGGAGAGCUGAAAACAGGACUUAGAUUUCAAGUGAUAUGCCAAAAAAAUGGAUACAUAGCAAAGCUAACUGGGUUUUUUUUACCAGCAGAUGGCAGUGUGUUCCUAUAGUCUGCAAGUACAUAGACAUGUGACCUGAAGAUUUGCUCAUAUUUAUGAUAAAAAUGGGACGAACCUGAAGAAAAUCAACUGCCUAGAGGACAAAAGAAAAUAUUUAGGUUUAUCAAGAGAAACUCAGAAAACAGCACCUAAGAUGCAGCAUUUCAAUUCAUUACAUCAGGCUUAUAAAGUUCAGGUAUGCUAAAAAGCAACGGUUUUUCUCCAUGUUUUAGUUUUAAAAACCAUUAUGAAGUAUUUUUUAGCUGAUUUGAAGCCAUAUCUCUGUAAUAACCUGUUUUUUGAUAGCUUAAACAUUUUUGUUAACUCACGUGUCUGAAAACUGAUUCUGAACUCACUGCAAAUGUAAAUGAAGUUUAGAUGUUGAAGAUUUUGUAACAUUUACUCAAGAAAAUUUAACGUAAAACUCCCCACGGCACAUUUUUCACUUACACAGCGCGGAAAAUAUCCUUAUCCAAAUAGUCCCAAACAGUGAGAGCAUGGAGAAUGAAUGGAAACAAGGAAAAUGUUUACAAAAUGUUAACAGAUUAGUAUUAGGGAUUUAGGUCAUUCAGAGGUUAUUUGAGUAAUUGAGUAAAAGAUUCUAAUAUGAAUCAAAGAGACACGGAAGAAAAAAAAGGAUUUUUUGAUGAAACAUGCAAAGUAAAAAAAUAAACUAUUCCAAUUUUUGGCAGGUACCUGUAAAAAAAAAGUGAGCGGAAGCAUGACGACUGACAUAAAAGGUGAAAACAAAAGUCUUUUCUCACUGACCAUGAUGCAAGUGCACAUUUUACCUAUUUGUCUAUAUUAGUUAUUUUAAACGCAGACAUGUUUGUGUGUCACCAAAUCCACAUUUAAUACAUUAGCUAUGAAUUGAACCACAAUGUAACUUAUUUCCUAUUGAUUUUAUUUGCUAUUUGUCAUUUGCACCACUAUGUGUCUGUCAAUGCAAAUUCAAAAUAAAUGAAUGAAUGGUUUAUAA